UGCAGUCCCAGUGAUUGCGACGCGGAUGAGCUGCAGAAGCAGAAAAUCUUCCUCAUUCCCAGAGCCAACGCAGAGCAGUGGUCACAGUAGUGGAUGCGAACCGUUAGAAAUUAUAUAAGUUAUUUAACUACCUCACACGGUGCAUGGGGUGUGUCUGUCGCCGCUGGGGAACACACUAGGAGCGGCGGUUGCUGUGCUGAGACCACUGGCCAGCUCUCAUCUACAGUGACCCAUACAUCCAGAAGCAGGUAACCAGACAGAAUGGCUGAGCCGGAGCUUCUGCUGGACUCCAAUAUUAGACUUUGGGUGGUGUUGCCCAUUGUCUUCAUCACUUUUCUGGUUGGGGUUAUACGGCAUUAUGUAUCUAUUCUCCUUCAAAGUGACAAAAAGCUGACAUUAGAACAAGUUUCUGACAGCCAGGUACUUAUUCGGAGCAGAAUUCUCAGAGAAAAUGGAAAAUACAUUCCCAAACAGUCCUUUUUGAUGAGGAAGUUCUACUUCAAUAACCAAGAAGACGGAUUCUUCAAGAAGACCAAGAGAAAGGUUGUCCCACCCUCUCCAAUGACAGAUCCGAGCAUGCUGACAGAUAUGAUGAAGGGCAACGUAACCAACGUGCUUCCCAUGAUCCUCAUCGGUGGCUGGAUCAACUGGACUUUUUCAGGAUUUGUAACAACUAAGGUUCCCUUCCCUCUCACGCUGCGCUUUAAGCCCAUGCUGCAACAAGGAAUAGAGUUGCUCUCAUUGGAUGCUUCUUGGGUGAGCUCAGCAUCCUGGUAUUUCCUGAAUGUGUUUGGACUUCGAAGCAUGUACUCUUUAAUCCUAGGCCAAGAUAACGGCGCAGACCAGUCGAGGAUCAUGCAGGAGCAGAUGAGCGGUGCUGCCAUGGCCAUGCCUGCAGAUACAAAUAAAGCUUUCAAAGCUGAGUGGGAGGCACUGGAACUGACUGACCAUCAGUGGGCGCUUGAGAAUGUAGAGGAUGAUCUGAUGAGCCGGGAGUUGGACUUUGAUGGCAUGUUCAGCAAGGAGCUGCCAAGCGGAAUCUUCUGAAGGCCUAAUCACUUCCUUGUUGGAAAAUCCAAUUUGAAAUUUGAUUAUUUCAGGGAUUUGUUUUGGGGUUUUGUUUUUUGUUUUUUUUAUCUGAAACCACAAAACUGGGACAAAUCCCUUCAUAUGCAAAGUUUACAUCGUGUAAUUUGUUGUAGUGGUCUUUUCACUUGUAUCUACCUUCCAUUCCUGUCCUUAAAUGAACUUAAAUGAACACAAAUACACUGGUUCUACUGCUGCCUCAUGCAUAAUAGGGAGCCCUGCUUUGUUAUUUCAAAGAAAGGGCUGUUCUAGAGAAAUUACAUGAUGGGGUUUUUUUGGUUUUUUUUUUAAUGUGUUCUUGUUGGCUUGAAACUGAAUGCAAUCAUAAUGCCAUUAAGUAAUAGAAUCUGAACUGCCUAGUGCUUCUUUUUCCUAAUGUCGUGCACAGCUAGAUUAGCUGUCUUCAUUUUUUAUGUGUCAUUUAAAAACAAAAUAGUACAUAAAACAGUUUUACAGGUCAAAAUGAUCUAUAUUUAAUAAUGCUUUAACCAUCCAUCAUUGCUCAUAUUUUAGAUUGCAGAUAGAAGCAGGUCCAGAACAGGUUAGGUUUGUUUGUUUUGUGGCAGGGGAAAUGUUGAGUUUUGUCAUCGAGAUAUUGUUUUUGAAGUAUGUAGACUGUUUAUUUUGUAAUUAACUCCCUUGUGUUUUGUACAGUAUAAAGUCUGUUUUGAUUCAAAAUAGUUGUAUUUGUUUUCCAUGUACACUAACACUUUUCAAAUAUGAAGAAAUAGAUGUUUUUGUUUUGUG